UGGAUUUUAGGUAGUGUUUGACGUGCUUUGUGUCGAAACAAAAACAGAGAAUAUUUUUUCGAUCCUUACUGACUUUAUUGCUGUCAAAAAUGAGAAAAUUGUUAGUAUUAGUCAUCUUUAAUAGUUUGGUUGCAUCAUCCGUCUCUCUCAAAUGUUACAAUUGUAUGAGCAGCGAUGGAGGAAAUUGUGAAGACACAGCCCAAAUGCAAGUAAAAGAGUGUGAAAUAUCAGCAAGUGCCAGUAGUUCCCUUCACGCACAACCUGUGUGUUUGAAAGUCGUAAAAGACAUCAGGGGCUUCGACCAUAUCACGAAAUCAUGCACAUUCAGUGGAAGUUUGUUAGAUCCAUGCAAGCAACAUUUAUCAGCACAACAUUGCUCGACUUGUGAUACAAAUUUGUGUAAUAAAUCUUCCAACUUUUUCAUCAAUUCCUUCUUCAUAUUUAUAGCUGUACUAAGCAAUUGUCUUCAUGUUUUUCAUAGAAUUUUUUGAAUGUUGUAGGAAAUUCACUUGAGCAUGAAAAAUCAUUUGUUAUUAAUUUUGAUUUUGGGGGAAUAUUUAUAGCAAAUUACUUAUUCAUCGAUUUAUUGUUAUAAUAAGCGUACGCAUACGUGGAUGAAUGGGCGUAAAGUAAUUAUUUUUAAAAGGAACGACCUAAAUUAUAGAGACUUUUUAAUGACCAAAAUUGACUUGGGAAGAAAGUUCAUAAGCUAAUGAGUUUAAUGAUUAUUCCUCCAUCAAAUUAAAAUCAAUAUCAAGGGAAGUUUUCAAAACUGAAAGUUUCAAAUUAAUUUUUAAGGAAGCUCUCUAAAGCUCGGUUUUAAAUGAACUGUUUUCAAAAAGAAAUUUUAUUGUUUAAGAACUUCGUUGUUGUGGUCUUUUACGACUUUAUACUAUUUCCCCAAAUAUCCUUCUAAAGUUAAGCAUAAAAGCAAGUAUUUAAGCUUCAAAAAAGUAUAUUCUAGCUAGGAAUAUAACAAACUAAUGACUAGUCAAUAAUCAUUUACAUUACAGUUCAGUGUUGCAUUCUGGCUAUUUUUUACCUAUGGGGUCGUUCACUUAUUACGUUACGCAAAAAAACGACUUCCCCCCCUCCCCCCUUGUUACAAUAUGUUACAACUCACAACCCCCCC